CUGAUCAGGUCUCCUUUCUUGCUGUUUAGGCUUGAAUGUACGGAAAGACCUUACAUCAAGGAGCAGCCCGCCUUAAGACAACCUUGGCACACUCCUCGCUUUGCGGCACCCACAGGCUCCCGGCACAGCGCGGGGCGGGGCCGGAAGCGGCGGCCAUGCUGCGGGGCGGCGGGCGCGCUGUGGCGGGGCUGCUGCGGAGGGCGGCGGCAGGCAGCCGGGAACAGCACCGGGAUCGGGAUCCGGGAUCCAGGAUCCAGGAGCAGGGCUCGGGCUCAGCGCGGCCGCAGCCGCCGGAGCCGUCGCUGCUGCGCUUCCUGGUGUGCCCGCUGUCCAAGAAGCCGCUGAGGUACGAAGAAGCUACCAACGAGCUCAUCAACGAGGAGCUGGGCAUCGCGUACCCCAUCAUCGACGGCAUUCCCAACAUGGUUCCGGAGGCUGCCAGGAUGACGCACAAGAAGCCUCCGGCCGAGGACUCGGAGCAGCCCUGAGGACCCGCCAGGCACAGCGGUAGCUGGGACUGAUGGCCGGGGGAGGGAUGCUGCCCUCCCUGCCCACUCUGACUGUGCUCGUUCCCCUCCUGUCCUUGGCAGGCUUGUUUUACUCAGCCAGCGUGGACGAAGCCUUCCCACAGGGCUGCACCAGCACGAACAGCCUGUGUUUCUACAGUCUCCUCCUUCCUGUUACAAUACCGGUUUAUGUGUUCUUUCACCUUUGGACCUGGAUGGGGAUUAAGCUUUUUAGGCACAACUAGUGAGAUGCGUUUGCUAACCCCUGGGCUUCUCUAAAUCAAUGCAGCUGGUUUAAUCUCAUCGGGUAUUGCAGUUCGUUGGAGAGUUCCCUUUGGCACUAUGGACUGUCAUCAUUUUCCUAGUAGUAUCUGAAACUGUACGAAGCAGCAGCCCAUUGUUACCUACUGCUAAGGCAGAUUUAGAGUAGGAGUCAUAAGAAGCACUAAUUCCCUCUGCUGUAUCCCUCCAAGAGUGUUGUGCAUUUGUAGUGGCACUGAUGAAAACCACCUAGGUGGAAGUUGUUUUCGCGAGGGAGAACUGUACCCUGACUGAGAAAACUGAUCUUAAAUAAUACACUAAAUUAAAAUAUGCAGUCUUUGAGAACUUUGGUUUUGUUUUAACCUGAUGUAUGUACUGAAAUAUAUUUGACUCACUGUCAGAAGAACAUAAACUAAAAUAAAUUAGGCUGGUGUUUCGUAACAAAAUUUGGGACUUGACAUAAAUGAAGAAAUUUCUUGGAUGAUA